CGAACUGGAGGCCCAGGCAGUUGGGGGUUGGCUCCAGGUGAGGCACGCGCAGGAGGUAGGAACCGAGACCCGGAGUCCUAGACCGGCCGGAAGUGCCUUGCGCGGAGGGCCCCUCGGUGGCGGGCAUCUUCCCCGCUGGGCCUUUGUUCCCGGGCGCGCGCCAGCGCCAGGGCGGGAGCCCCCUACCUCCUCGCCUUUUCCAGGCCUAAGGACACUUCCAAAGGUGUUUCUAAAACAUAACUCCAGCUGGUGGGUCCCUUUUAAGCUAUUCGAGAUCAAGAUGACAGACCCCAAGGAGGUUUUAUCCCUGGAUGUUCAAGCUCCUGAGGUUUGGGAAGAACUUCUGACACUGAAAGUGGAGGCAGAAAGUCACUUCCAAAUGCAGGAAUCCAGGCUGAAACGAAAUAACCCACUGGCAAGGGAGAUCUUCCGAAGGCACUUUCGACAGCUCUGUUACCAGGAGACCCCUGGACCAAGGGAGGCUCUCACCCGACUCCGGGAACUUUGCUACCAGUGGUUGAGGCCACAUGUGAGCACGAAGGAGCAGAUUCUGGAUCUGCUGGUGCUGGAGCAGUUCCUAUCUAUCCUGCCCGAGGAGCUCCAGGGCUGGGUGAGGGAGCGCUGUCCAGAAAGUGGGGAGGAGGCAGUGAUUUUGCUGGAGGAUCUGGAGAGAGAGCUCGAUGAACCACAACAUGAGAUGGUAGCCUACAGACUUGGACAAGAAGUCCUCCCUGAAGGGACAGUGUCUCUAGGAGAGCAAAUGUCACUGGGCCUCCAGUCCCAGCCUAAGGAGCCCCAACUCACAUGUGACCCUGCUCAGGAGCCCCAACACAUUGGAGAGACAGAUGGAAUGAUGGAGACUGAGGACAGAGAGUUGGUGCUCAGGAAAGACUGUCCUAAGAGAGUGGAACCACGUGGGAAAAUGUCUUACGAGAAGACCUGGGAGGUAUCCCAACAGGAUCCCCGACACGGAGAAGUGGGUGAACGCAAGGGUGGGAUGGAGCAGUACUGGGGAGGGCCCUUAGGAGACCCACCACACAGAUGUGAGGAAUGUGGGAAGAGCUUUGCUCAGAGCUCAGGUCUCAUUCGACAUCAAAGAGUUCACACUGGAGAACGACCCUAUGAGUGUAAUGAGUGUGGGAAAACCUUCAGUCGGAGUUCGGGUCUUUUUAAUCACCGAGGAAUCCACAACAUAGAGAAACGUUACCACUGUAAGGAGUGUGGGAAAGCCUUCAGCCAGAGUGCAGGUCUCAUCCAGCAUCAGAGGAUCCACAAGGGAGAGAAGCCCUAUCAGUGCAGCCAGUGCAACAAGAGCUACGGUCGCCGUUCAUUUCUCAUCGAGCAUCAGAGAAGCCACACGGGGGAGCGACCUCACCAUUGCAACAAAUGCGGGAAAAGCUUUAAUCGCCAUUGCAACCUCAUCCGCCAUCAAAAGAUCCACACGGGGGCUGAGCUGGUCUAAUCCUUACUGUGUUCAAGUGUUCUGGAUCCCUGGCCAAACCAUGUGGGGUAGGUUAAGACUAGGAAAUGCCUUUCUUCCUGUCUCCACUAAAUGUGUUUUGGUCCGGGGACAUCCAAAGAGAAAGGUUUGGGGUUUUGAAGCUGCUGCUUUCCCUUUGAUUCCUUUGCCCCUUCCUGGUUCUUACCACCCCGUCCCUCUCUAUUUAUUCUCUUUGAGAUGGCUGCUAAACUUUUCUAACUAUAUAACAAGUGGCACUGCUAUAGCCAGCAUGCCAGGAAGAUCUGUAUCUGUGUCUAAUUCCUAAGAUCACAUAGAGCUCUGCUGAUGUUUACAGUAAAUGGAUCUUUGGUGUUCCCUGUGACCAGGAUCUUCGUGGUAAACACCUUUUCUGCUGCUGCUUCCCUCUGACGCCUACAUGAUGCUCCGCUGGAAUAGUGACCAGCACUGGCUGAGUGCUUCAUGGUUUGCAAAGUACUUCCAUUUACUUAACAUCAGAUGGUCCUCGCAACAAUCACACAGGGAAAUGAAUAUUGUCAUUAUCGUGUUUUACAGAUGAGGAAUUGAAGAUUCAGAAAACCCAAGCCUCAGAGCCAAGGUUUCAACCCUGGACUUUUAUUUUUAGUAAAUUUUUUCUAAUGAUUUAGUUUAAUUUUUCUUUUUAUUGGCCACACCUGCAGCAUGUGGACAGUUCCCGGGCCAGAGGGUCAAAUCAGAGCUACAGUUGUGCCUACACCACAGCCACAGCAAUGCUGGAUCCAAGACGCAAUUGUGAAGUACACCACAGCUUGCAGCAAUGCCAGAUCCUUAAGCCACUGAGUAAGGUCGGGGAUGGAGCCCACAUCCUCAUGGAGACUGUGUCAAGUUAUUAACCUGCUGAGGCACAAUGGGAACUCCUAGUAAACUUUAAAUUAUGAAAUAAUUUUAGACUUCUAAAAAAGUUGCAAAGAGAGUUCUAUAUACCCUUUACCCAGUUUCCUCUAAUGUUAUCAUCUCACAUCAGGUCUUUUUAGUUAAACCCUUGGGUUUUAACUCCAUAUUCAACCUGUUUCCAGUGUCACACCUCAACCUGUUUCCAGUGUCACACUUUCUAUAGUGGUUAGGGGAUGGGUCCUGGAUAUAGUUAUGCACAGAUAGAUAAGGGCUCCAUAGCUUGAACUUCCUUUAGAUGCCAAGUGAGGAAGCCCUGGAAUUUCGUAUAAAUUCAUCCAGUGUGAGGCAGAAGGGAAGGGGAAGAUAGAGGUUGAAAGCUGUCAGUGAUCAAACAUCAGAAAUGGAGUCAAAGUGUUCUCUGGUGGCUCAGCAGGUUGAGGGUCUGGUGGUGACACUCCUGUGGCAUGGGUUCCAUCCCUGGCACAGGAACUUCAAUGUGCUGCAGGCAUGGCCAAAAAAAAAAAAAAAAAAGAGUCAAGAUUCUUUAAAAAUUACAGCUGUUUAAAGAAAAUCGGUUAAGGAGAUACUUUCAUUUACUAUGUGAUUCUGGUCUCUGUCCUUAUCAACUAAGGAGUAAUUACAAAUUUAAGCAUUCGAUCAAUUUUUAAACAAAUAUAUGUAGCCAGAAAAAACCAUAUUAAAAAAUAAAAAUUCAUAUCUAUUAAUUUGACUACCUGAAAUUA